ACAACCCGAUCGCCUCUCUGUGAUCAAGAGCAAAGGAACGACUCCAGUAUGGCAAAGAUCGCAAUCGUCGCAGUUACAAUCGUUUUGGCGGUGGGUGUGCUGUCCGAGCCCCCAGUUGGACGACAGUACCUGCCGCCGGCUGUGGGUAUCGCUCGAGCUCUUACGAACAGCCGCUACAACAUGCCAUCGGCGAGAUACGGGGCACCCUCUCCCCUCGGCAGGUCCAGCGCUACUGCGUUUGGUCGUGGUUACAACUCUCCUCACUCGUACAACAGUCGCCUGAACAUCCCCAGCUCCAUCUCCACGCAGUACGGUGUCCCCAGCGGGGUUCCUGCUGCCGCGUCUGCCUUCAACGCCUUCAACGCUCCUAUUCCUGCCGGCCCUCUGGCUGGGCCUGCCUUCCUGUCCGCACAGUACGGUGCUCCGGCCGCCUCCAGCAGGUUUGGUGGAGUGAACGGUCUCUCCGCCCAGUACGGCGCGCCCGCCGCCGGAAGUUCUGGCCUCGCCAACACGUACGGCGCCCCCGCCGACUUCUCCCGCAACUCCGGACUGCCGGCCGCCCAAUACGGCGCUCCUCUCGCCGGCUACAGCGCCCAGGAGGACCCUCUAGCCGAGCCCGCCAACUACCAGUUCUCGUACGCCGUGCAGGACGAGGAGUCGGGUAGCGAGUUCGGGCAAGAGGAGACUCGGCAGCUGGAGACCGCCCAGGGCUCGUACCGCGUGCUGCUGCCGGACGGGCGGCUGCAGGUGGUGGAGUAUCAGGCGGACGAGGAGGGCUACAAGCCCGAGGUGCGGUACGAGGAGACGGCUGUGUCGCGGGGCGCCGGCGGGCCGUACCCCGCCUCCAGGGCGCUGCAGGGACCGUACUGACACGUGAAGCACCGGUACCUGGUCCAUGAUGGUCUUUAUAUUAAAGCGGAAACGAUUAUUCUUGUGUUUUUUAUAUAAGCAGUAAUAUUCUCUAACUGCACUUAAUUUAUGUAUUAUUAAUGUGAAAAUAAAUGCAUAUAUGUUAUAAAAGAA